AGAAAACACAGGCAAAAUUAUUUAGCGAAAAGGAUUAAGAAGCAAAGCGAGGUUUCUUCAGGUGGAAACAAAAAGAGAGACUUCUUUUUUAGACCGGAAUCUCCAUUUAGCCAAAUGAUCACUCCUCGAAGGAUAAUGCUGAUUCGCCGCGGGGGGAGAGGUAAAUGGUAUAUUGACCUCUUAGUUUUCAUUUGCUUUUGUGUACGUUAUUACUUAAACAAGAUGCAUAAUCGCUCACGGUUCAGUUGCGUAAGGCUGUAAACUAGGUUUUUUGAUUUCAGUUUUUUGGGAGUCUCUAACUACAACCCCGUUCAAAACAUCUUGGGACACUUGAGGAAACAAGGCGCGAACACGCAUUUUCCCAAAUUAACUCGUAUUUUACCUCCUAUGAAAGCUUUGGAAUGUUGUUAUAACAGCCUAUAUCUGCUGUCUCCCUCUCCUCCAAGCAAAGUUGAUGAUGUUGAGAAAGACUUGAAUGCAUAACGUCAACGCUGCACUGGGGGGAGGGGAUAGGGAAAAAGCGUCUUUUUGACCAGCUAUUGCAUUGAUCGGAUGAAGAGUUUUGACCAGGAUUGUUACUGUAGAUAACACUGUAACUAACCAAAGAGCACUCGCCACAACGUUUUAACUUUUCUGUAGAUUGUUUUUAUACUCUUCUGGCCACUUGAAGCAAGGUUCGUUGCUUCCAAAGUCUAAUUUAAUAGUCAGAAUCAAGAUCUGCCUUUUCAAGGGAAAGCCCACACUUCGACUCAUAUAAGGAAAUCCGAGACAGUCUUGGAUUCUGGAUUCGACGCCUUGGAUUCCUAAUUCCAGGUACUGGACUCUGGAUUCAGUGUUAGUGGAACUUGGAUUCCGAAUUCAAAUCGUUAGUGGGAUUCCGAAUUCCAGAUUCCACAAUCUAAAAUUUCUCGGAUUCGGUUAUACGUAUUGUAGAAGCUUUGAACAAAGCAGUUCGUAGUUAUAUUAAAUUGUGCUUUAAUUUGCCAUGUUACUUUGCAGGGUCAUGUUUCUCUCACGCUUGCCAUCAUGGAGGAAUGUGUAGGGCUCGGCGUCACGGGUUCUAUUGCGAGUGUCUACCAGGUUUUAUGGGCACAAGAUGCGAAGGUUUGUUUCGUAUUUCUUUUUCAAGUCAGUGUGUAUUCUCGUUCACGAUAAUCACGAUCGCGCGUUUCGUCGUGGAGGAAUCUGUAGGGCUCGGCGUCAUGGGUUCUAUUGUGAGUGUAUACUAGGUUUUAUGGGCACAAGAUGCGAAGGUUUGUUUCGAGUAUCUUUUUCAAGUCAGUGUGCAUUUUCCAAUACUGAUUCAAUGAUACCGAUAGUGAAAGCGAUAUCAGUAACGAGCACGAUUAUCACGAUCACGAUAGCAAAAACGAUAAUAGUGACGAUGGGACAGUUUCACCGCCAUGUGGUAGCAAGAGGCCACCUAUUGCAAGUGACCGUGACCAUCUUUAUGUGGGUCGUUAUUACAAUUUUCUGUUUUUUUAACUUCUUGUAAGCGACUACUUGGCAUAGUCUGAUAACUACGCUCGCUAGGAGACUUUUAAUGACAUGUCACGCAAGAAAUUGCACCCAGUUAUCCGAGUCAAAGGGGAAGAUGGGUCAGAUCUGUUCCCGAAAGAGGUCAUGCAGCUGUAACUCCACAUUCGUAAGCAACCACCUAUCUUAGGCUAAAUUGUGAAAAAUCUUUUAAAAUAUUUAAUUUUGUCAGUUUAGUUGGGAGACUCGACUGUAAUGACAAGAACAAGAUCAAUAGUUAUAAGAAAAACAAUGUACACAAGGUAGUAACACAUCCUUUAAAGUCUUGGGCUAAAGACAAACUACGUCCAUUUUACUCUCAAAUUCAGGGUACCUUAACCUUUAAAUGGUCAAAGGAAUACCAUGCAUAUGUAUCCUACACUCACCCACUUACACAGUAUACUUAAUACUCUCUCACUAACUAUGAAAUUGGAUUUGAGACGACAAUACAAAGAGCUUUAGAUUUGAGGACGAGAAAGAGUACGAGUACGAGAUUUAACUUGAACCUUUUGCGCGUGUUCCCAAAAAAAGACACCCCGGAAAGCUUCAGAUUCCUUUUUUUCACCAUAAAAGCUAGUAGGGUUAUUUAUACUGAAUGAGGUUAAGCCCUCUCUUGAUAGCAAAAUGAUAAAUUUUCUUAUAUUUGAUAACUUUGUUCCCGCCACUAUGACAUUCUCGCUAAAACUCGUAGGAGAAUGACAACGGCUAUCACGUUUUCCCGCCAAAAUGACGCUGGUUCACGCGUGAGCAAUACUCAUCAUUGAGAAAAUCUCGUACUCGUAGUCGUUCUCGUCUCAAAAUCUAAAGCUCGCUAUUGCGUUAUAUGUCGUCGUAAAGUAUCAAAGGUUUCUUUUCUUGUAUUUAAAAGAAAAACAGUACCAUUGCAUUUAUAUCUACUUUUUAUCUUAAAUUGCAGUGAAAAAAGAAUGCAAACCUACAACAUGUAAGAAUGGAGGAACAUGUACAGAGAUAGCUUUAGGGAGACAUCUGUGUACAUGCCCGGUUGGUUUCCUUGGUGAUAAUUGUGAAGGUACAAGGUUCAAACUAUCAUUCGUACCAACAAUGGCUUAUCUAGGGCCAGUUCUUUAAAGAUUACAUUUUUUUCAGAGUAAAUACUUUCCGAUCUCUAGUUUCCUACUUUCAGUUCUAUAGGCUUUUUUAGGAAAAUGAUCGUACGUUUCUGGAAACUGCCCACCUAACCCUCCCCUAAGCCAACAUUAAUACUUACUUCUCACUUAGGACAAAAUGUUGGCUUAGGGGAAGGGUAAGUAGGCAGUUUCCCAGAAACGUAUAAUGAUCCGACAUUGAUCAACAUAGCGUUAUGAAAGUAAGGGAGAGUGGUUUUAGAAGAAAUCAGGCUUUCUUGAAAUCCUACUCCAGAAUGUUCUAUCGUUAUCUUCUCACGGUAAAACGCCGGCUUUCACCUUUUAACAUAACUUGACUCAGCCAAAUUAUAUUGGCAUGUGAAGAUUUGCCCUGAAAAUUUAGGGACAACCACAGACUUAAAUACAGAAAAAGUAUUUUUGACGUGCAUCGCUCAAAAACGUCUUUGCUUAAGCUCACUAUUAUUGGAUUCAGUAUUGUAGGGUUAUUCAGUAUUGAUAGUUUUUGUUGUCCUUUUAGAAAGAAGCUUUUGUCACCCCAGUCCUUGCCUCAACGGAGGCACAUGCACCGAGAUUGAUGAGUCGUAUAUGUGUGUAUGCGCACAGGGAUACAAAGGAAAGAACUGCGAAAGUGAGUGAGUACAGAGUCUAUAAACAGAGUUCAGUUGCUGUGCUUUUCUUCUGUUUUCCGUGACUGUCUUAAAAGCCAACUUACUUUGUGUACUUUGUAGCAGUCUGUUGGGUAGGGCUGUCGCCAAGAUUGUAAGUUGCCGGGUAUAUGCAAGUACUACAGGUGGAGAAUUGAACAGCUGGGAAUUUGUUUUGGUUCUACUUUUCUUUCUUUCCUAUUAAAGGAGCCGGGGUCAUGCUCAUAGUAUCCGUCGGGUAAUCCCCGGCCCUUUGUGACAGCCCCUGCUUGGGUGUCCUUAGUAGACGUAGUAGCGUCCUGAACCAUGGGCAAUUACUUUUAAAAAAUUUGUGGUUUUGCAAUCACGUGACAAGGCGGCCAUAUUGGUGGUCAUACGAUAGAUUUUAGUAGAAGUUACAUGAAGUGGAGUUCAGUUCCCCGAAGAGAGAGAUGGUUUUGUUCUUAAUCAUCAACAUGACCGCCGUGAGGUCAUCUUCAAACUAGCAAUAACUUUUUGCGAAAAAAGAAGGAAAAACCCGUGAAAAGUCGUUUUCGUUCAAUCCCGAGGUUAAAACAGUUAAUCCAGUUAUUGUAGAGUUCCUUAUAUUGGCUUGUUUUGUUAUAUGGAAUAUUUCUCACCUCGACAGCCGUCAACAAAUGUUCACCUAACCCUUGUAAAAACAUGGGUGCAUGCUCUGAAUUUGAGGACGAUUACGUCUGCAACUGCCCACAAGGAUUCAAAGGAAAAACUUGUGAAGGUACGUUCAUCUAUGAGACUCACCAUAGGUAUAUUGGACAAAAUCGAAGUUGCGACGAUCGCUAUUGAUGAGGCAACGAUCACUCAUGUUCGUCGGGUUUGGCAGCGUUAGUAUGGAGAUGACGGCAACGAAAUCUGCAAAGAAAAUCAUGUGCGGCACUUUUGAGUUUUUGGUUUGCUUUUUUAACUUGUUGUAACUCAUUUCCGUCCAGGACGUAGUCGCCGUGGUUGCUCGAACUCGCCAGUACCGUUUUCCCACAAAUAAUUCUUUACGUGCAACGAUUUGGUUGAAAAACCGUAGAUAAGAUGGAAAAGGUGCCACGAAAACGACGUCCGGAAGUACCUAGUCUACUACACAGCCGUUUUUAGUGUCGUCACGUAACGCUCAGUGGGGAGGAGCGUUGCGUGACGACACUAAAAACGGCUGUGUAGCAGACUAGAAAGUACCCAACGAGAGGUUUUUAAUUGUAGCAUUGAAAGCGUUCAUGAAUCAACUGAUUAUUUUAGAUAAUCUCAUGAUAUUUCUUAUUUGGAAGUAAGGCAGUCAGCAUUGGCAGUUGAAACUACGUUGCUGUAAAUCCGUUUGCAAAGUUAUACGUUUACAACUGUCUUACAAGACGACGAAAUUUAUCUAAUAGCAAACUUAUCCACACUAUUUGAAAUGAUUCUUUUUCUUUUUUUUACCCUUCUUAUAGUAAAAAGUGAAUGUUCUUCAGUGUACUGUCUGAAUGGAGGAACAUGCAGGGAUGAACCAACGGGGUAUCACUGUGAUUGCCAGUUUGGAUUCUAUGGAAAACGUUGUGAAGGUAGAUUGAAGAAACAAGCCAGUCAUAGAACUUAUGUACAGUACUUUUUUACAGUAUAAAUCACACAGCCUAGUCCAAUUUGGCGUUAAUUCAAGUUCCACUCAACAAAAUCCACUUAUUUGUUUGUUUUUUGCAUAAGACAUCGAUCGACUCUUUAUUCUUAGCAUUGUUAGAUCAUGGUAAAAAGGGAAAAGUUCUUUUACACGGACAAAGCUCAAAGCACCAGAGAAAAUCAUAAUCCACAGUUCAGAAGACUGCCAACCGUUACCGCAUUAAUAAACAGCGCGCAAGGUGACGUUAAUGUAGCAGCGCGAUGCAAUUGUUUUUAAAGUGGAGUGAGGUGAAGUACAAGUAGCCCCAAAGCAGGGUUAUUUCCAAUUGCAACUGAUAGUUUCUGUCUGCAUUCUAUUUAGACUACAAGUAGUCCCCAUUUUUCCUCAGGGAUAGUAGAGCGAGCAAAACGCGAGCGCGCGUGAAAAUCAACCCCCGCUUGAAAGGCGAGACGCGGCGGGGAGAGAGAAAAAUGAGAGACUGCAGACAAAGCCCAGGCUUUUGACCUUUUGACCUCAUUUUUCUCUAUUCCCGCCGCGCUCGCCCUUCUCGCGUGGGGUGAUUUUCACCCGUGCUCUACCAUCCCUAGGGGAAAAUGGGGACUAUUCGUAGUCUACAUUCUAUUGGGCUUUGAUCAAGUCGGUCCUGUUUGAUCAUUUUUAAUUUUUUUUUUGAUUGAUUCGUUCAUCUCUGCUUCAAUGAAGCUUACCAAUGGCAGCACUGUAAUUGGCUUGGCGUUUUGCCCUACCAACGACUCGGCCCUGAUUCGAAAAUUUUGCCCAUACCCUUGACUUCCAACGUUAGCUUGUACUGUUUCUCUUUCUAUUUUGCUUACUUUUUAGCUUCCACCUUUCACUCGUUGUUCAUUUUCAACCUUGUUAUAACUGACCACGCCCUUGAAACCACUUAUCUGAAUCUGGAAAUAGUUAAAUGUUUAACACUUUGUCUAGUCCCCUGAGGCUCUCACUGGAAUUUUGCUUUAAUUUAAUAGCUUUUCUUACUGGCUUUCUUAGUUUAAAUGUAGUUGUACGUAACCUUUGCUAACCCUAGUCGAAUACUGUAUCUUUAUGUAGCCUCUGCAUGCCACCCUAAUCCCUGUCAAAAUGAUGGGGCUUGUCUAAGAUUUGGUACUCAAUCCUUCUGCCAGUGCAAAACAGGAUACUCUGGAAAGGGGUGUGAAGGUAUGAAGACUUUGCAGUUUUACUAUUCCGUGGAGAUAAGGUAUGCUUCCAUUUCGUUGGCCUAAAAUCAUGCCGCCUAAAUCAGGAUUGGUAGAUUGUACCUCUACAGCAAGGAGCCCAAAGUGUGACCUCCUUUAAUUAACUCACAUUCUUUCAUGCAGACAUUAACCAUUCAUAAUUCGAGGACAGUUUUCAGCUGGCUUCUGAUUGGAUUAAAUCUGCACGAAAGAAUGUGAACAAAUCAAAAGCGGUCAAACUUUUGGGCUUCUUGCUGUAAUAAUCCAAGGUCUACGCUGUACCUUGCCGGUCAAACUUCUGAAAGCGGUCAUUCUUACUUUCACCGUUUACUCGGUAUGUUGUCUUAUUAGAAAUGAAAUAAUGAGGGAAAAAACCGUGUCGGAUAAGGCUUUUGCUCACACAUAAGAACCGUGAUUUCGGGGCAGAUUUUGUAAAGGGACGAUGCUGCGCUGCGCCGACCGCGAAAGUGGAGCGGUUUCUGCGCCACUCCUGGUGGCAGGAUCGUAAUACAUUUCUGGGAAACUUCCCACCCACCCCUCCCGUAAGCCAGCAUUAACACUUACUUGUCACUUAGGGAGAAACGUUGCCUUAGGGGAGGGGUAGGUGGGUAGUUUUGCAGAAACGUAUAAUGAUCCGUUUAUACCAGGCCGGAGUAUUUUUGAUGUCGAUAUAUAAAGCAGGGCUCGAAAAAGGUCCCGUCCGGUAGUCUGGGACAAAUAAAUUUCUUGCUGGGCAAGGAAUUGUAAAGCCCACUUACCCUUAGGCAAAGGCCUGGGGAAGUCAUCCUCUAAAAAAAUCAUUAACUAAGAUGAGCACGAAAUGGCUCCGGGUAAGCAAAAUGAAAAUGGUGCUUGCUCAAACAACAAGCUGGAAUUCAAUUAUUUCCUUGAGUCCUGUGAAGCUAUCCAUUAUAGAGUAGACAUAGCCUAAAUGAGUCUUUGGUUUAUUAUUAGCCGCGGGGAGGGGAGGGGAGGGGGGAGAAAGAAUAAAAUGGAACAGCAAACAUACCCUCAUCCCCCUAAAAACAAGGAUAAAGCCGUGCGAACGCCAAGACGCACUAUUUUCCAAUCCUUGAUUUGAGGGGAAUGGGGGAGUCUCACUUUUCCGUGUAUUUUCUCCAAGAUUGUCAGUACCUUUUUACUGGCUUGUUUCAAACCCUCCCUAUAAAUCACGGGCAUAUAUAAAUUUUACCCUCUGUUUCUUCCUUCACUUUUAACACAAUCUGUUUCUUUAUAGUUAAGAAAGCCUGUACUCCCAGUCUUUGUCUUAAUGGAGGCACGUGCGUAGAUGGAUCACACACUAACAGUCAAUACGGAUUUGCAUGCAUCUGUUUGAACGGUUAUGAUGGCAUUAUAUGCGAAAAGCAACUCCCUCAAGAAAAUACCUUCGAUCACACGUUAGUAGCUAAAUGAACUGUGCUGGAAUUCCAGUAUUCAAUCAAACACUCAAGUGAGAAUUAAUUAGUAACCAUUUGAACUGUGUUACAAUUGUGUUAUGCAUAUUUUUUAACAUCAAUAGGUUUUUAGUAAAGGGAAAAGCACUUUCCAAUUCAAACAUUACACGUUAUAUGAGACACUUACAGCUCUUUGAGCUUUGUUGAAAUUGCGAUAUUUCUUAGCGUUGAUAAUAAAUUCGAGAAAACAAUCAGUGGUUGCAUAAAACACUUGAGAAAAGUUUAACCUCCGUAAAUUUGCAAGAGAGGGGGGUGGGGGUUGAAUUUCUUCUGCAAAAACAAUUUUUAUCACUUCCAUGGUAUGACGGGCUCUGAUUCUGUUCAAGCAAAAAUUAGUGUCCAGAUCCCCUAAUUAAUGGACGCUAAAAGAAAGCUAUUGCCGCCAUCCUCAGCUACUUUUAAAAAGCCCGAGUAGAUGACAAUCAGAUUUUGCGUCAUUUGUUCUCUCCAGAGUGUAAGGGAAAAAGUAACUUUUCUACUGAAAGGCGUCCAAAUUCAUCCCCUCAGUCAACGCAUAUAUGAUUUUAGUUAGUGUAAAUUUUUAUGACUGACUUUAGUAGAUGUCACUUCGUGAGAAACUGAUAAUGUCAAUUUCAGCAGUUAAAAUUGCAUCCCGGCAUUACUUUAAUUUCCUAAGCUGUCCAAAAAUGUACUUUUAACCUUUUCAAUUAUGUUAGCGUCAAAAUGUGUGAAGUGUAAUUUUAUAAAACGGACGUUGUUAAUUCGUUUUGACAGAGUAAAGUAAAGCAAGGUCCUAAUAUCAGGUGACUAGAAAACACCGAACAAUUAAACUAUCCUUGAACACAGUUUCUCUAUCCAAAACACUCAAUCAAAAGUUAUUUAAGCUAUAAUUUCUUGAAAACACAAGUUCAUACUACAGUCAAGCGAUCUAGCAUGUAUGGAUGAAGAACUUCCAGCAAUUUCAAGUAAACUUUAUUCUAAAGUGAAAACCUGUUAAGUUAGCUUUCAAAUCAGUUAGCCGCGACGAAGCAAAGAGGCUUAGGUUUUGAGGCCAGUGAACCGUGAGCAGGUCGUGAAACCUAAUACCUUUUUUAUUAAGGAUUCAGACAUCACAAAAAAAACGCCCAUUUUGUGAAACUUGACAUCGAGCGGGUUUUGACUGGGUAGUACAUUGUUAGUAAUAAAUGGAUGACUUCAUCUUCUCGGUGAAGUCACUCAAACCCGCGAAACUCGAUCCCAAUUAACUUCCCUUGCUCGAAAUUUGUAUUAUUUUGGAACCUAAAUCAUAUGAAAUGGAAAAAAAACAGCGAACUUUCGUGGAUUAUUUAACAACGACGCAAAUGCUGUGAUGAUGAUGAAAGAAUUUUGGCCACAGGUUGUUGUGUUAUGGACUGUUCUUCUUUCGAUUUAUCAGGCAAGAUGUAAACAUCUUCGUCACAAAGCCAUCGGUUCAUUGGAUACAUUUAAUCAUAAACAUAAACUUGAAUAUCAUUAUCCACACAGAACCGUUGCGUAUUUGAGAUUCUUAAAUGAGGGAGCAAGAAUUGUUGGAGAGACCAGUGAUUCUCUCAGUGACUCUCAGAAAAGAUUUAGACGAGAGAAAAAUGGCAGUGAUUCUAAAGAUAAAAGAAAGUUACGUAAAAUAUUUUCGCACCAUUCGUCUUUGUUACCACAGCCUGCUAAACCUCUGCGUGUAGUAGCAACAUCGGCUGUAAUAAAAAACCGACGAAAAAGUCCGCGACCACUUAAAGCAAUCCACAUAUGGGGACCGACGCCAUUCAGGACAGUGAUAGAAAAUCUUCGAAGGCUGAACCUAAAGAACAUUCAAAGCCAAAGAGCUGCAGUAAAGAGACUAUUUCUUCCAGCGCAAAUUUUAAAUGCUUUUAGAAAGCAACAACUUCAUGGACGAAUUUUGCCGUUUCCACAUCCAAGCGGAGCACUUCCACUUGUUCCUCGAGCCAUUCAUUUCCAGAGCGUGGGACAAAGAUUUCCACCACCAAUUGUGAGGAAUCUACCAGGACCAGUGCAGUUUGCGCCCACAGCAGCCCUUGAACCCAUUCCUCCCUUGCAUGAACUCGGCCCGUUGCAUACGCGAGAACAGGAUGUAGGCCCUGCGCAUGAUUUUCCCUCAGUCGGGCCAGUUGGUGAGGUUGCACCUGAUCAAGAAGUAGCUGGCAUGCGCGGAAUGGAUCUUAACGAUGUUGCUCCUGUGCGAGAGAUUGGUCCUGUUCGCGAUAUAGGUCCCGUGCAUGAUAUAGCUCCCGUACAGGAGCUAGGUCCUGUUCACGAAAUUGGGCCCUUUCAUGAUAUGGCUCCCGUGCAGGAGAUAAGUCCUGUUCGCGAUAUAAGCCCCAUGCAUGAUGUGGCUCCUGUGCGGGAGAUUGAUCCUAUUCACGAUAUGGGCCCCCCGCCUGAUAUAAAUGCUGGUCCAAAUAUCGCUCCAGUUCCUGAUGAUAUCGCUCCAGCUCCACAGAUGGUUCCAAGAACCUUCGAUAUCAGCCCCGAUAUGGCACCAAAUUUUCAACCACCCAACAGUAUGUUUGCGCCGCCAUUUCCUUGGCUCGCGGGGGAAAUCCACGAAAACGUUAACCGUCACGUUCACAAAGGCAAGUUAAGAUAAUUAUUAUAAUUAUUAUUAUUAUCAUCGUCAUCGUCAUCGUCAUCAUCGUCAACAUCAAUAUCAUCAUCAACAUCAUUAUCAUUAUCAUUAACAUUAUUAUUAUAAUUAUUAUCGUUAUUAUUUUUAUUACCUCUUUAUAAAAUAACUGAGAUAGUACGCGCGUUCUGAUUGGUUAAAAACGUAUGGUUUAUUGUGCCGGUAAACUCAUAGUAAACUUAAAGUUAUUUUAUUAAAGCAAUAGACCACACUUUCUAUGGGUUUACCGGCGUGAUUACAAACUUUUCUCGUGUUCUCCCAGCAUCCCGCGUGGGUUAUCACGCCGGUUAACCCAUAGAAAGUGUGGUCUAUUGCUUAAAUAAUUAUUAUGUUGCUGUGUUGUCCUUUAAAAAGAUUGCGAGUGAACGAUUAGCAUCUGAAUGGAGUUGCAUAUAGAAACACAAUUGCUCAAAAAUAAUGCUUGUUUCACUCUACUUGUCUGUUUUUCAAUAAAACGAUGAUAAUGCCUUCUUUUAGACCUCCGAUACCUUUCCAGUCUGCGUGAUACUUUGUUUGACGAUAGUAGAGAAAUAACAAAUAUUGGUUAUGUCACAUUAAAUUAUUGGCACAUCACACCCUACAAGUUAUCCCCUUAAAACCACCAACAACGUUCAAAAUAAUUUUGUGACUGGUGACUUUUUUGAGCAGGAAAGCUGGGUGUGACUUUUAGUAUUGUAAUUUUUUAUUGCCGAUGGUGAUUUUCAUGUCUGCAGGUGUUUCCAAAGCCAGAUGUAGUCCAAACCCCUGCAGAAACGAAGGCACGUGUACAGCGAUCGACAAACACUACGAGUGCACGUGCGCCGUUGGAUAUAUGGGAAGGAACUGCGAGGGUAUGUUAAGUGUAAUAGUCAUAUUCGAAUUAUUAUUUUUUUUCAUAGUUAAUAUAUUGAAAUGGUUAUGAAACCCGUUAGACUUCUUUGUUAUGUUUCUGUUAGAUUUUUUUGAGUCGACAGUGUACAACGUUCAAUAGCAUUCCCAUCAUUUUGAACUUAUUGACCAAUAGGAACAUCGCAUUAAUUUAUUUAGUCAUCGUUUCUGAACGAAAAAAAAACUAAGAAUUGCGCAUGGUCCAGGGACCGCCAGGGAGCAUCCAACAUGAACCGCAGCAGCAUCGUUUACAUCCUGGAUGUUUCCGGUUUUCACAACCAGUCUCUUCUUCUAAAUAUGGUGUCUCUUAGAUCAUUUUCCUUCCUCCACAUAAUUCAAUAGUGAGCUUGAGCAAACGUCAACCGGAAGUAGACUGUUGUUCAUCAGUUAGUUUACCCAAAUUUUCGGUCAAAUCGCCUUUAUGAGACUAUAGACGCUUAGCAAUACAAAUUUGAAAAGAGUUAUGACAAUUAUACAGAGAAAGGGGUCAACUUCGCUCGAAGACGCCUAUGCUUAAACUCCCUAAUAUCAUUUUUUAGCUUUACGAGAAGAGUAGCAGAGUGGAAGUAGCGAAGUUGUAUUGUUUAUACAGCUCCCGUUGCCUUGGAGUUUCUUUUGUCUUUGCCGUCAGAGUCGCUUUACGAUGCAAUUGACCGAUUGAAUAUUACUCUCGGAUAUCAGGAAAGAAACUAUUCAAACAAGUAACAUAUUGUGGACAUAUUUGAUUUAGAUGUCAAUCACUGUCUUCCAAACCCAUGUAAAAAUGAGGGCAAUUGUUAUGCAACCAAAGAUGGAUAUCACUGCACAUGCGUGAAGGGAUUCAAGGGACCAAACUGUGACAGUAAGAGCCAAUUCUACAUAGAACAUGUUACAUUUACUUAACUACUGUAAAUCAGUUGAUAAAUUAAGAACAAAGACAUGAAAAUGAAACAAUUUUCAAUAGGGGAUUGAGAAGGAGAGAGGACCGAUUCAACUUUCACCAAGACUUCCGGGAUUGUUUCUAGAGACCGUGCCCGUUACAUUUGAAAGUGUCGUUUCCUGCACCCCAGGUUUACCUAUCAUUAUUCGUUUCUGGGAAAUUACCCACCCACCCCUCCUCUCAGCUAACAUUAACACUUACUUCUCACUCAGGGCAAAAUGCUGGCUUAGGGAAGGGGUAGGUGGGCAGUUUCCCAACCUUAGCCUGAGUGGUAGAAAAGGCAAGAAUAACCUCACAAAUAGAAAUAAUAGCUUACCAGCCUCGAUUUCUCUGUCGGUACUGUAAGUUUCAGAUGAUCGCUUUAUCUGUGCAGACUCGGUUAAUAUAGUAUCGUAUUUACAGAAUCUUUAUCUUAAUGUUAUCUCGUCAGUUAUCAGCAAGUGUAUUCCAAGUCCUUGUAAAAAUGGAGGGUCAUGUGAAGAGGAUGGCAAGUCAUAUAAAUGUUCAUGCCCUUCUGGUUUCAAAGGAAGUAACUGUGAAGGUAUGUUCUCUUUCAACCUUCGGAAUAAAGGAUAAGCUCCUCUUUUUAUGAGGGCGGCCAAAUUCAAGCCCACAAAUAUAAGUCCCCUGACAGAGGCCUUUGAAAGGUACGCUUGCAAGCCCCUCUUUUCCUUUCUUGUCUUGUCUUUUUUAUGGUAUUGGGAUCAAAAAGUGCGGCAAAGUUAAUCAGGAUCUGUAAAACUGGCGACCGAUGUCAUGAAUCCCUGAAAUAGUUCUUUCUUUUGUGCUGGUACAUGUACCUAUAUAUUCGUCAGUAAACCGCUGUUGUCAAUUAAUAUUGGUUGUCAGUCGGAAAAUACUAGAACUGACUUGUCAUCCGAAGGGCUAAAUGGAUUUCUGUUAGUCUCAAGAACUUAUUAUUUUUAAGUCAAUAACUGAUAUAUUUUUCAUUUUUGUAUUUCUUUUCUUUCAGCCGCAGAUCACUGUGCGGUCAGCAACCUCUGCAAAAACGGUGGCAUAUGUAUUAACGGAGAAUAUUCCUUCGAGUGCAAGUGCUUGCCAGGUUUUUAUGGAAAAGACUGUGGAGGUAUGGUAUCUAAACUUGCCUGUGUGGCUGCGCAUGCGUCACAGACGUUAUCUAACCCCGUUUAGUAACGUCUGCGAAGCAGCGCCCAUAUCCUUGUUCUGGGCCCUUAACGGACUCAAUGAAUUACCGGAAGUACGUUUCAAAUUUCCUUUCAACCUGAUUGGCAAAUUGAUAAUGGCUUUUUUAACGGGUCAAUCAUGGCGCGUAGUCAAAUCCUGGUACACAAGUGGGGCCCAGACCAAGGAUUUCGGCGCUGUUUCGCAGAAGGACUUGACCAGAAGUUUAGAUCCGUCGUUGGUGCAGACUAGGUCUAAACUCGUUUUUUUUGUUUGUUUGUUUGUUUGUUCGUUUGUUUAUGCUUCAUGUCAAAUUUCAUUUGUGGACUUAACUUUAUUUGAUUACAUUGAUCAAAACCCUCUUUAGCUGGUAUGUUUUGUUUUGUUUUGUUUUUCAUUUGUCUUUUUAUAAACUAUGCUUACAUAUACAUGUGAAUAAGACAAAUUUGAAGGAAACAGUUCUCUGGAGUAUUAUCACAUGACCUGCAUUGGGAAAACAAAGCACACAAGCUAAAGAAGUCGGUCUAUUGAACUGAAUCGAAGAACAUAAAAAGAACGAGUGGGAAGUAUCUUUUUAUUUAAUUGUUAUCAUUUAUCUUUUUUUUCCUAACAGAUUUAGAUGUUUGCUUUUCGAGCCCUUGUCAAAAUGCUGGAACUUGUCAUAAUGCUGGAGCGGGCCAGUUUAUGUGUUUGUGUCCAGCAAUCUUUAGAGGGAUAACAUGUGAAGGUAACAUAACGAAAACGUUCUUACAAUGUCUGUGGCACCAAAGGGCGUACAUUUUCCAUUUGUCUUUGGUCUUCCCUCUGUUAUACGUUCGUGUGCAACCACCCCCCGUAAGCGAGCGACUCCCAUAUGCGACCACAGAUCCAAAACACUUAAAGUUUUCCGAGUCAAAGCUCUAUGAUUAAAGACCAUCUCUCGUUAGCAACCGCGAUUACUUUGAGGUGCUACGGUUGUGUAAUUUUCGGCCAUAAUUUUUAACUUCUUUUAAGAGGCCACUUGACGCAUGGUAUGGUCUGUUUGUUCGCUGAAUGUACUGCGCCACUCGGAAUAUACGAAGAGAUUUCUCUAACAGCUUGAAACCACACAUAUCACUACUUAGAAAUGGCAUACAAUAACUUUUCUUCCCAAAAGUAGAUGCGUCAGGACCUCUUCUCGAAAGAGACCCUCCGUAGUUCGAUUCUCGUAAGCGACCACUCAAGUCGAUAGGGUCGUUAGCUCUUGUAAGUUAUAGCGAUGCUUCAACAAGUGAUGACGUCAUUUCAAAGAUGGCCGCCGUCUUGGAUUCAGCCGAAGAUUAUAAGGAUUUCGUUAAGAAAAGAUUUAUAAAACGUAAAUUGUCGUAGGUUAUUUGUUGAUCUUCAAGGCGAUCAUGCCAAACAUACAAUUUUGAUAGAAACGCAUUGAAUAAUUGAAAGUGUUUGUAUAAGUCUUGGGGAAAUAGCCAUGAUGUUGUAUUGUCUUCUUGCAUGAUUUCCUUAACCCAAUCUUUCUCAAGGAUUUUUUUAAUGAACGUUAAAGCCUUCAUAUCAAGGACUGCUCCAUAACAAUUUUUGAAUGCUUUAUUGCUACAUUCACUCCAUUUACAGAAAGGGUACCAAAAUGCGAGACACAGCCUUGUCACAAUGGAGGAACGUGUGUGGAAGAUGAUCAUGACGAAGAAGGAUUCCAAUGCACUUGCUCUGAAAAAUAUCAAGGGAAACAUUGUCAAGGUACAAAGCGUAAUUUAUAUGAUGGUGACUCAAACCCAAUGAAGAGUUAAUGUCAGGGAAAUUGUACGUGUGUACGCGCGUAAAUAGAGUAGAGGCAAUAUACAAGUACUUUAAUUAAGGCGCGUAAAAUUUGCCUCCAUGAACACGUAAAAAUUUCGCGAUGGUAGAAACCCACCUUAAAGGUUUUUUUUUACGCCGACUUGGCAUUUACAAAAGACAAAGGCCCAUCCCGCUAGUAGAAUUUUAAGCAGACUUCGAUGUGGUUACACCUUGCUGCUCUGGGAAGAAAAAAUGUUAUACCUGGUGUAGAAGCUGCCCAUGCCCACCUACCCCUACCCUAAGCCGACAUUAACACUUACUUCUCACUCGGGGCAAAAUGUUGGCUUAAGGGAGGGGUAGGUGGGCAGUUUCCCAGAAACAUAAGGAGUGUUUGCUGACAUGAAUAGUUCUGAUGUAGGACCUUUUUUUCCUAGAAACGUGAACUAGGAGAGAAGGUGAACAAAUCCUAUUUUCUUUGACUCCCCAUUUUUAGGUCGCAGUGUCCCAUUCAAAAUUUGCGUCAAUUUCCAGUGACAAAAAACUACGUUGUUAAAUUCAAGUCUAUUACUGAAUCAUUUUUUUCCCGUCGAAGCGAUCCCAAUCCCAGUUUUACUCGUUCAAGACCCUUUUAUUAACUGAAUUGUACGCGUAAUUGAAAGGUAUAGAAGAAACUCCUAAAUAUUCGUUUGCUCUGAAAUCAACUUGCGCCAGUUGUUCAAAAGGUGGAUAGCGUUAUCUACCGGAUAAAUCACUCUCUAUUGGAAAUUGCAAUUGAUUUCCCUAACACUUAUCCACUGGAUUUUUGUUGAUAUAAGCCUUACGAAGCCAAUGUUUCAAGAAUCCCUGCUUGAAUGAAGGAAGGUGUAUUGACGUUGGCGAUACUUAUAAAUGUAUCUGCAAAGAAGGAUAUGAUGGCUCGACAUGUGAAGGUAUGUAGACUAUGUGGACAGCUUACAAUUUUCUUUAGUUUACUUUUUACCUGUCUAUCGCAAAACAGGGUACAUAUAUCGCACGGAGAGAAAUCUCGCAAGUUAAAGUACGACCAAUUUUGACUUUUGUUCUCCCUUGAUCUUGAGUUCGUCACUAACUAAAGAGUCGCCCCAUGUAAUGGAGUCCUGAUUCCGCAUUCCGGGAAAUCUUGGCUUGUUGAAUCCGGAAUUAAGUGCUUUGGAAUCCGGAAUACAGCUCAAGGAAUCCGGAAUCCCACUAACGAUUGGAAUCCGGAAUCCAAGUUCCACUGACACAGAAUCCGUAAUCCAGUACCUGAAAUCCGGAAUCCACCGCUGUGGAAACCAGAAUCCAAGACUGUCUUGGAUUACUUUAUAUGGGGCGAAAAGAGAUGGUAGCGAAAAGAAAACAACAUACCGUAAAAUUCCGAAAAUAAGCCCCGAGGCUUAUAUUUUUGAAAGGCCCCUUUAGAGGGGCUUAUUUUUGGAGGGGCCUAUAUCCGGAGGGGCUUAUGUACGGAGGGAAAUUUGCGUUAUAAAAUCGGUUGGGCUAGCUUGUAGUGGAAGGGAAAUUUAGCAUUUUUGCUUUGUUUUACUUCGUAUUCGAGGGCAAAUUCCAAGUACACGCCCCUCAGGGGGGUUAUAUUCGGAGGGAAGAUUUAACGGAGGGUUUUUUGCGUUACGAUCUUGGGGGACUUAUAUUUGGAGAGGCUUAUACAUGGAGAGUCUUAUUUUCGGAUAUUUACGGUAUGUUUAUAACCCUUGCUUAGAAGUACUCACUUUUAGCAAUAAACAUAAUGUGACUGGUGUUUCUGUUUUAAAUCUAGUGAAAAUGCCUCUUUCAACAUGUAGCAACUGCCACGAAUACGCGAGAUGCGUCGAUGACAAAUGUGUUUGCCUUGAUGGUUACGUUGGAAACGGCAAAGUAUGUGAAGGUAUCUAUGAAAGUUAGUUACUACAGUUGAAUUAUUGUGCAGAUACGAAUAAAUAGAUUUUCCAGUAUCAUAGGAGAACGGAUUAUAUAUUACGUUAUUUAUUUGAUUAAAGAAUGAAAAAAAAAAAUUGAAUAACCAGGCAAGGAAAGGUUGGUUUAAAUAAGGAAAGCAUCUAUGAUGCACAUCACCUGCAAGAUGCGAACUGAUCAUCUUAAUAUAAUUCAGUUUUAUCAAUUUGGUUCUUUUGUCUAAAAUCGUAUAUGAAAAUAAUACAAAUAAACAUUGAAUGAAAGAUUAAGUUGAACCAGAAGCAUAUAACCCCGAAACGUCGGUUUUUUUAGCCGACGCCGCUGUCCAAUCAGAAGCAUGGAAAAUUAUUUUGCCCAAAUAUGGAAUCAGAGAAUUCGAGGCUACAAACUUUGAGCUUGCAACGCUCAUACAUGUAUUUCUACGCCCGAAAGAAAUCGUUUCGUGGCAUGAUGGGAUUAUAUGCUUCUGGCUGAACCGUCAGGAAUGGAAGUUCUGAAAUUUAGUGAAACUUAGCCUACAAAACCUAAAUGGUGCACUUUGCAACAGUACCGAAGACAAAGCAUUUGAAACGUAAGUAUGGGGAGUUUACAUUGUAUGAAUCAGUAGUGUCAUUAAUUCGUUAAACAUGCUGCAACGAUGGAUAAAUACAGCAGAACCUCGGUGACUCUUUUUCUGAAGGGAUAACGAAAAACAGUUCGUGUUAGCGGGGAAUUUGAGUUACCGGGGUAAAUUUCAGUGAACUUUUGAUAACGGGAAAGGAAAUUUAGUUCGAGUUAGCGGGAAUUGGAGUUAGCCGAGUUCGAGUUAUCGAGGUUCUACUGUAGUUUUAUUUAUUGAAAGCUUUAUUUGACUAAACUUAGCUGACAGAAUGAAACUUAUUUUUGUAGUGUUGAAAGGGAGUGUCAUAAACAUAACUUCAUCUCCUAUAAGGCCUCAGUCAAAUAUAGGUAAGGUCACUUUGAAUUUUGUGUCAAGUUAAAUUGACAUACAUUAUAUGAUCGAGUUUUUGAGGAUGAUAUUUGUGCUGAAAAAAAAUCAAGUUAUUCCUACCUUAAAAUAUCGUUACAAGCCAGUGUGAAAGAGAUUCGUCAUGUAGACGUGACGAUUAAACAAAUAAGGAGGAAAAAAACCGUUUCCUUUACCGUUGCUCUAAUAUAUUCAGUUUGUCGAAUGUCUUAUUGAUUGCUCAUAAUCAUUGAUUGCUCAUAAUCAUUUAUAACUUCUUUUUAAUCGCUCAACAUUUUCGACGAAUGACCUCAUAAACGCUCACUUCCUCAUAAACGCCCCCUCUACGCUGUUAAAAUUGUACACGCCCCUUUCUAGUAAACGCCCCCCUGUCUAAUAGAGACCCGCUAUGAGAAUUACUUCAAAUUACCAGACAUCAGCCAAAACGAGGAAAAUCAUCCAAUUCAUUCAGUUUCUUGCUUGUUUAACAAGGCUUUGCAUAUUUUAUGUAAUGUGGUCAAGUUCAAAAUUAUGGUAGACUAACGAUGGGAAAAAACUAACCUGAAGCGAGGAUUCUAGGAUUUGAAAGGGCGAUAUGGGUCUUUGACCGCCUAGACGUAUCAAUUGAUCGAGUGGAUAUUCCGCUCUUUUUUACUCUCUUGAUACUUUUUGCCUAGAGCAUACUUAAGUUUUGAUGAGCUUGCUAUAGUUAUGAGAAUAAACGCCUCCUAUAUAUUAAACGCCCCCACUUGGACCCCAAAAAUUAAAUAGACGCCUCGGGUCUUUAUUUGGUCAUUUACGGUACUUUAAUGGACACACCCCCGGAAGUAAAUACUAGAGCGCGUAAAUACCAAGCAUUGUUUCAUUUAUUUUGUUUUUCUCUAUUUGUGUGUAAGCCAACGUCAUGUCGAAGCACGUCCAGACUCUUAAUUCCUAAUGUUAAAAAUUGUAAUGUGUCCAUAGCGAUAUCACAUCAGAGUUUCUGUCAUCCCAAUCCUUGUUACAAUGGAGGAACUUGCAAUGAAGCAAUUACAGGCUUCUCUUGCGCAUGUCCGUCAGAUUACACGGGACCUUUCUGUAAAGGUAAGAAAUAUUAUGCUUUUCGUUAACCAUUCUUUAAAAAAGGACAACUUGGUCUUUCAGUUAGCUUGCGAGCAAGUUUGGGAGAGCCAUUUGGGAGAGUCACGCGUGAGCGGCACGCGAGACGAGACGCAAAAGACGACGUUCUCUCGCGGCUCGCGUCGCUUGCAAAAUCUAAGUUCAGUUUGAAACUUUGUUUUAACAUUCGUCUUAGGCGCCACGAAUUCUGAGCACAGUACUUUGGCCCGUUCAAUCCGCUGGUUUGACUUCACCUAGUCGAACUAGGGUGAUGGCUAAAAUAUGCUGUUAGACUUAUCAGUUUAUUUAUGACUAUAAUAAACCAAAAUUAUCCUGAAGACGUUAAUGAACUGAACAUACGAAAUCAUAAGGUCCAGCCAUCAUGGUUCUUUAUACGUCUCUGGGAAUCUGCCACCGACCCCUCCCCUAAGCCAACAUCAACACUUACUUCUCACGUAGGGUAAAAUGUUGGCUUAAGGGAGGGGUAGGUAGGUAGUUCCCCCGAAACGUGUAACGGUCCCCAUGGGAUGGUAAUGGGGUAGCUUAGACGUUACAUCACUAGCAAUUUCUGACAAAUAUGAAGCUUUUGCCAAAUACCUGUGUGGCGUUUAUGCCCACAUAUAUGUCUUAUGUUUCUCUUCAGGUUUUUAUUCCUUUUUUUCGUCUCCUGUUAUGCUUUCUACGAAGGCUAACCCAUAAAACAUUGACUAUGAAGUUCGUUAGUGAGUUAUCAGUCCCGUAAAACCUUUUACAAAGUUGUUUUUCAAUUUAACAACAGAUAUAAAACCUUGCUUGGGUAAUCCCUGUCAAAAUGGAGGAACGUGUAUUGACGAAGGACUUGCUGGUGACUACAUAUGCAGAUGUAAAGAAGGAUAUAACGGCAAAAACUGUGAAGGUAUGUUCGCAGAUUAUAAUGCCUUGUACUGUGGUGAAAGUAAAAUACUCAGUUUCCCAGUUAUCGCAAUAGACCAUGUUCGAUUUGGACUAAGCCUCUGUUUCAAAACGAGACUAAGUGCGAAGCUAUUGACCACAAGUUAUUUUUUUAUUCUCAUGCAAAUAAAACUCAUUUUCUCAAGAAAGGAUUUUCACUUGGCCUCGUUUGAAAGAGAGAGUUUUUGUAACUCGGCAAGAUGGCAUAUUAUUCAAUAUCCCUAAUAUUCACUAAUUAACACAGUGUGUCGUGAUUUAGUGUCUGGCAUCUGCUAGAUCCCGAUAUCCUCGUUUCAGUUUCUAUUCAUGACACUUGACAAACAAAUGUUAACUUUAUACUGUCCAGACAACUCUCAUGUCGGGUAGAAUCACUUCCAACACGUCAUUUCCGAGUUGCUCAAGCCCCUGUUUCAAGAUAAGGUUUAGUGCAGAGCCUUUAAUAUGAAAAUGUUUUUUAUUCCCAUGCAAAUAACAGGAAAGAAAUGUUUUGCUCUUAGCCUCGUUUAAAGGCAAGAGUUUUUGGAACUCGUAAAUGGCCUAUUAACGAUUAUUUUUAAUUUAAUAUUUUUUUUAGGGAGCGUUCUAACUACUGCACUGCUAUUUAAUGCCAACUCGUCAAAAUCUCAAAAUCUUGUAGAUAUUGUGUUCAAUAGAGCUAGCUUAAGAAGUCCUCGACAAUAUAACGUCGUUUUGUACACUAUCGUCACGAAAACAUUGUUUAUCAAUUUGUGACCUGCACUUACAUAUAUUGCUGGUUUGUACGUGACGUCAUGGCAGCCAUGUUGAUGGUCAAGAACAAAAGCAUUUCUAUCUGCUGCAAGCUUAACUCCAUUUUCAUUGUAUUGACCAACAACAUGGCCGGCAUGUCACGUGGUUGCAAACCAAGAAUACUUUACGUAUUUUGUUUUCAGAUGCUGGGGUGUGCCUACCAAACCCGUGUCAAAAUGGCGGCACAUGUCAUCAGAGCCAUAACACUUACGUUUGUCAGUGCACAGAUCGUUUUGAGGGACAUACCUGCACAGGUGGGUAAUAAUUGAAAAUUCACAUGUGUUGAGUCAAAUACUGCUUUUACCACUUUUUACGUCUUUAUGUAUUUAUGUCUAUUGCGUAUGCUUCUGAUGAGCUGAAGAGAGUGUUUGCCCCGGUAUCUGUCAAAUUGCCCUUCUGUCUUGUACAUCAUGUCCUUUGAGCCUUGCUUUUAAAAGGAAUAUGUGCAUUGAGCUUUGUAAAUGCGCCGUAUAAGAAUGUAUUUAUUGUUAAUAUCGACUUGACAUUUUUGAUUCGAUUUUUUGAUAAAACAUGGAGGACUUAUUUUAUGCAAUUAUUCACAGAAAAUCUUGAAGCAGCGUUUAUAUCAUUUAUAAACAGAGUAGGACCUAAUGCGCGAUGCAGAGACCUAAUACUGCUUCACAAGUUAUUAUAAAUUUGCAAAUUGAAAUCUUGGAGAAGUCGCAGCCGUUUAAUUUUUUUUCGUAUAUAUCUUUAAGACUUUGAGAAAGUUCUAUCUAACUUUUGGUUUCUUUAAGAAUUAUGCCCUAGAAACCCUUCGUUGAUGCUGGCGAACAGCUCUUUUGCAUUUUCUUCGAAACAUGCUAUAAUAAUUUCACAUAAUGGAAAGCAAAGAAAGAAGAGCAAGCAUCCAUAAGAAAAUUUAUUUGUGUGAUGAGAUUUUUUUUCUUUGUAGAGGACAAAUGCGCGAGAUGCGAUGUCCAUGCGCAUUGUGAGAAUGGAAAAUGCGUUUGUGAUGGUGGCUUCUAUGGUGGGGGGACCCGAGGGGAUUGCUUUCGGAUUGGAGGUGAGUUUUUAGUGCGUUUUUACAUGACGUCACGUCCGCCAUAUUGGUGCCCCAAAACAAUACUCAUCUCCAUACUCCAAAAUGACGUUUACACAUUAUGAUACAUACGCAAAGUAUAUCUCUACAAAGGAAGGAACCACAUUGACUAUCAAUACUGAUUAGGUUAAGCCCUGAGAAUAUUGAUUAGGGUUAAGUAUUGACUCGAAAAACGGUUAUCUUCUAUUAAGGGUUAAGGUUGUUGCUAGGUCAAGAACAAAAGCCUUUCUCUCCUCUGGUAACUAAACUCUAUUUUCACAUAAAUUCUUGGAGAAAAAGUUAUAUUGUCUUUACCCCCAACGUGGCCGCCUUGUCACUUCUUUGCAAACCAAGAAUAUCAAGAAAAGUAAUAGACCCGUCCGAAUUGAAGGUUCUAGUACAAAAUAAGAUUAAGACAAAAAAGAAAAAAAGAUAACAACUUUUUGGAUAAAUCAAAACGCGCAGUGUACCAAAUAAACCUGCCCACAUUUCGACUUUUUAAACCUCUAAACGAGACUAAACGAGCUUUUAGACAGUCUACAUAGCCAAGUGUUUUGUGGCAAACCGUCACAAACAAAUCCGAAAUAUAGUAACACCAAAUUAAACCUUUCUUUCUUUCUUUCAGCGUCUAAUCCAAGGUUCUGCGUACCCAAUCCUUGCCAACACGGUGGAUCUUGUUUUGAAGAGCCUAACAGCCAUCGAUGUCUCUGUACUUCCGGCUAUCAAGGCGGAAAUUGCGAACUUUCUAUUGGUAAUUAGCACUUUAAUAACUGUAUACAGUCAACUUCGUUUAUAGCGGGCACUGUGAGGACCUCGAGUUAGUCUCCUCAUUAGCGAGAGUCCGGGAUAGCGGGGGUUUAUUUCAGUCAAACGUCUGCAAUUAAUUUUUGCCAGGGAUUUAGGUGCUGUCCGUUAUAUAGGGGUGUCAACAAGGCGCGAGUUGACUGUAAGGUGAAGUUCGUUGGUUAAUGAAAAUUCUAAGCAAUGCAAGUUACACUGAGUCAUACUCUUGAUAAUGGAUUUGGUGAUACAUUCAACAAGACAGACUCCAUUGGCACCGACACUAUGUGUCCUCUUUUGGGAGAUAUCCGUCUUAUUGAGAGUCAGCUAUAAGGAGUAAAGAAAGGUAGAGCCCAUUUCGAUAUGUCCGUUGUUGCGAGGUGUCCGUUUUAUAUAAGUGUCCGUUUAAAGAGAGUUGAUUUCAGUGUAAAGGCUUGCGUGUACAUGCUGCCAGAUGCUCUUCGAUACAUGAACGCUGGUAUCUCUUGAUAAUUCCCCACUCCAGCAAUUACCGGUAUCAGGGGAAUGGUUUCAAGCUUUUGAAACAACGAUUUCUGGGAUAGUUUGGAGGUGCAAGCGAUGGUAUUCAAGGCAACCACUAACCAGCCAUAUGUAACGCUUGUCCACCCUACCGAUCCCAAAAACCUUUGCGCCGAAAGCUUGUACCCAUUCUCCUUUCAUUUUCUGGAGUGGAAAAAAAAAAGAAAAAGAAACAGGUCACAAUUUGAAAAGAGCAUUCAAGAGAUUACUCCGCUCUUAAUCUAAACCUUUUCUGUCUUUAAAAAGCAGCUAUUUUAGUUUGAAAUUUGGUUAAUUUCCAGGUUGUCUCUUCUUUUUAUGCUUUUUUUAAGGCGCUGCCCCUCCUGUUACGAGAACACCGGACCCUUGUACUGGAGAGCCUUGUUUGAAUGACGGGAUCUGUGUUCCAAAAGGAACGAAAUUUCGCUGUCUUUGUUCAGCUAGAUUUCAAGGACCGACAUGUGAACAGCGAGGUGAAUGUAUGCUAAUUCCAUAAAUAGAAAAUGCACUUCUCCAGCGGAAUCUUCUCGUGUCCAAUGGAUCACCUAUACUUAAUACGAUUUUUUACCACUGGACUUCCGCUUUUCCAAUGGAAUGCUAGAGGAUACGACUAGAGUCUAGUUGACAGUAUUGCAAAACCCUCCCCGUGUGCACGAGAGUAUUGCUUGUAAUGUAUCAAGCUAUUUUAGCUCAUUUCUUAGUCUGCCUAUCAUUUCAGCAAGACAAAGAUCAGAUAAAGUUUUCUCAGUACAGUACUCUUUUAUUAACGAAUAGAGCAGUAGUAAUUUUCAAUGUAACAAAGGUAUUUUGUAAUCGGUGCGAAAACCUUUUUGUUUUUGCAGCAAAGUCCUAUUGCCAUCCUAGCCCCUGUCUGCACGGUGGAUCUUGUGUUGAUAUAAAAGAUGGGUACACUUGUCAGUGCCCAGGCUCCUACAGAGGAACUAACUGUGAAGGUAUAACUAUCAAUUCUCUGCAACCAAGAGACAAUAAUGCAGGGUUUUCACAGUGUUGAAAAGUCCUUGAAUUUUAGGGGAAGUCCUUGAAAAGUCCUUCAAUUUUCUUCAGCUUUGAAAGUGUUUUUUAUGCUUUUCUGGUUAUCGAAAACCAGUGGCGGAUCCUGGGGAGGGGCCCGAAGGGCCCGGCGUCCCCCUUAUUUUUCGACCGAAAUGAGGCCCGAAGGGCUGAAAAAAAUUGUUUUGGAGACCAGGGCCCCCCCUCCUUAUCUCAGGGUCUAGCUGACGCCCCCCGCCCCUAUCUGAAGGUCUGGAUCCGGCACUGAAGACAGAGUAUAAAUCAUAGCUCAGAGAAGUUAAUGGUGAUUUUUAUUAUAUGGAGGAGAGUGUUUUACUGGGAACCAAACCACUCGUAGAUUCCAUACGCCACUUCAUCCGGGACCCGAGUGGCGUAUUUUCCGUAUGUCACCUUUGUGAGUGUCGUAUCGUUCAAUGACGUCACGUUCGAAGAUAUGAAUUUUAUGUUCUCGUGGCAAGAACAAUAUCUCACUCGUUCGCUUCGCUCACUCGUGAGAUAUUGUUCUUGCUACUCGAACAUAAAAUUCAUAUCUUCUCGCCACCGUGUAAUAUCCUCUAUGUAUGAAGCGUUUUUAUUUUAUGCAAUAGUUGACCAUCAAUUAAGACAAGAGAACUGAAAAAUGUAGAGAAGUUGGUGGAACAAACAGCUCAAGCCUUUAAAUUCUAUUAGAAUGGACUGGGAAUGUGCAUUUUUGUACAGUCUGUCAAAUUGCAUUCCUGGUAGGCGGUCCUUGAAAAUCGAAUGAGGUCCUUGAAAAGUCCUUAAAAAAUGGUUGCAAUUUUUUGUAUGAACCCUGCGAUGGGAUAGAAAGGAGAACUAAGGGCGUUGGCCGGGAUGAGUGAAUUUAAUAACCUGAGAAAACAGCCGACAUUUGGCGACGCUACCACUGGUUUCCCCGCCAAAUGACGUCCGAGAAACGAGCGCAGAAAUUCCAUACUGAUGACGCGUCACUACCCAGAUUUGGGUAGUGCUUCUGAUACACUCCCUUAAAAGAGGGGCUUCCUCGCUGCAACUGUAGACAAGUUAUUGAAGAACACCCAUGUAGCCCCUUCACUGUAAAUGGAACUAAAAACAUCAACCACGAUAUUUUUUAUUUUUCAGUGGAUGAUUGUGAUCAGUGCGAUAUUAAUGCCAUUUGCGUGGAAGGAGCAUGCAGAUGUAGAAUUGGGUAUAAAGGCGAUGGGUUCGAGUGUACAAAAGGUACGUAAAUAUGUAUGUCAGUCAAAUACUUUAACGCUACUUUUACUUUUGUCAUAACGUUAGAAAAGUUUUAAAUCCGUUCAUUGCAGCUAGCCAUUUACGUGGCACAAAGCCGCCACGCUUGAGAGCGAAAGUCGUAAAGGAAGUUACCACUUACGAUUAUGUAUCAGUAUGCCUUUUGUUUGUCUUGUCCCAGUGCGACUUUUGCUCUCCAGCAUGGCUUUUUGUACUACGUGAAUGGCUAGCUACAAAGGGCCUAUAAUUGCAUGGAAUCCCCAACAAAACCUCGUAUCAAAACCAAGUUCGGAAAGGGUAAGAACAUAAAAGUACCAAGAAUACUGUCAUAGUCACUACAGGGGGAAGGGGCGUAUUCCCUAUACGGGGAGGCUCCACCAGAGAGGGGCACCUUUUUCAGGCUUCAGGUAUAUGAAAGGGCAGGGAUUUCACUAGUUAAAGUAUAUAAAAGGGUAGCAGAAACUGUCAUUUCGGUUUGUUAAAUGGCCCGAAAGGGUUAUUAGAGGCAUUUUAUGCCGGCUGUGAAAGAGUCGAGGAGACGUUCUGGUUUUGUGAUUUAUUCGUGUUUGAUAGACAGUGCAUUUACAGCCUUUGGUAUUUGAAAGGGGUACCAUUUGUCAAUAGAAGGUAUAGGAAAGGGUACCUUUUUCUGUAAAAGAUGUUGUAUAAAGGGGAUAAGGGGUUGUACCUAGGGGCCGGAGCCUACCCGUAUACAACUUCCUUGAGUACCCCUCCCUCCCCCCCCCGGAACCAGCAAAGUUAGCUGAGAGUGAAUAUUUUCCGUUCCACAGUCGUGUCUGACGUUGGUAAAAGAUAACUUUUGUAUUUAUUUUGCUUAAGAUAUUAACUUAUUUUACAGUUAAAAAGUGUGGCCACUGCAGCCCUAAUGCAACAUGUGUCAGGGAUGAAUGUGUCUGCAAACCGGGAUUUAUUGGAAAUGGGAAACACUGUCAAGGUAAUUUAUAAGGUCAUUAUAAAAAAAGUGUGAUGAAGAUAGAGCGAUGAAAUGAAAACUCGCGAACAAAACAGAAACAACGUACAAGCGAACGGAAGUAGGGCGAUUUGAUUGGUUUAUCCAAACGCGCGUGGCUUUUGGUUGGUUAAGCUAACGCUCGGGUGAAAAAACUUCAUCCUCGAGAACUUUCUAGAAAUUAAUCGAUACUUCGCUUUGACGUCAUACUGCAACACGAUUGGCCAAUCGAAACAAUGCAUUCUCCAUAUUAGGGCUUUUUUUGGCGGGAAAACGAAGUGUUCAUGUUUUAAUUUUUUCAUCCAUUGGCUGAUAAAACAAAUAACGAACACUAAUUUUACCGAAACCAUUUUUGAAGGUCAUACGAAAAUCGCUGUAGAGGUACAGUGAAAUCCCGGUUUUUCGAACCAGCUUGAUAAAAACAAAUUCGAAUUAUCAGGCGGUUUGAAAAAUCGUGGGUAAAAUUACAGUGUUUGACUGGUAAAGGGAGGUUAGGUUUGGUUCCAAUUAUUGGGAAUUUCGAAAAACUGAGGGUUCGAGAAAUCGGGAUUCACUGUAGUAUAAUAAAAUAGAAGAAAGUUAUUUUAUGUUGUAGUUCUCAGUAAGCGCUGUUUUCGUUCCUUGACAUUAAAAAUAAUUGUUCUGGAGCUAAAAACCUUUAGGCUGAAAAGGACCGUAUAAAUCACCCCCUUUUAUUACGAGUCUCCAUCGCCAAUAACAUUACGGCUUAACUGACAGACCACUGAUGAUAUCGCGACUUAAUUGACCAAUCAGGUCAAUAACCAGAGUCAAAUACCAUCCAGUGACGUGAUACGAGUCACUUUGACUCUGAAGAUGAAUACCGCACAGGUUGUCGAAACGUCAGUCACUGUCAACAACAACAGUCCUAUUCAGGACUAUGUUCACCCUGUCGAUCAUGUUCAACCUACUUAUGAAAUGACUCCUAGGUUCAAACCUUUCACAAAGAAAAGUUUAUAAACAACGUCUCGCCUUCUUCAUAUCAGUGCUAGUGUGGGACUGAAUUAUUGAUUGCAUCAAAUGGAAAGGCUUAGGAAAUUGGGAUCAUUACACGUUUCUGGGAAAGUUCCCACCUACCCCUCCCCUAAGCCAACAUUUUGCCCUAAGUGAGAAGUAAGUGUUAAUGUUGAUUUAGGGCAGGGGUAGGUGGUAAUAUCUAGAAUAUUGUUUUCUAUAGAGGAUGACUGCAAAGGCUGUCCACCCCAUUCACAUUGCCUCAGGGGAAUUUGCAUUUGUGUACCAGGUUACUACUUUGAUGGUCAUCAUUGUGUUGGUAAGUACGUGAUACAAGUCUUUGUUACCACAAUAGAGAGAUUUAGAUUCUGAGACGAGCAUGACUACGAGUACGAGAUUUUCUCAAUACGGAGUAUUGCUCACACGCGUCAAUUUGGCCUGAAAAACGUCGCGAAGUGAUAGCCAUCGUCAUUCUACUACGCGUUUUAGCGAGAAUGUCGUAAUGGCGGGAACAAAUUAUCAAAAGUAAGCAGUUUUAUCAUUUUGCUAUCGGGAGAGGGCUUAACCUCCUUCAGUAUAAAUAACCGUACUAACUUUUUUGGUGAAAAAAGUAAAAUAAAACUUUCCGGGGUGUCUUUUUUUCGACAACACGCGCAAAAACUUUCAGUUAAAUCUCGUACUUGUACUCGUUCUCGUCUGCAAAUCUAAAGCUCUAUAUUUAUUUCUUCAAAAAAAUGAGCUUAAGAGAAAACUAUUCAUUGGUAAUAUAAGAUCGGCAGAAAGAACUGAAAGACCAUCUCUUGACAAAUCAAACGUGAUUUUACUGGUGCUUGCUUAUUACUGAUUUAAACUGAGUUGCUGCUGCCAUUUACUUGGACAUGGCAUUGUCCAAGCUCCACUGCUUAAACGCCCUAACAGCUUAUUGAGACUGCAUUUUCUCAAUGCUAAAACGUGUUGUUUACCCAAUCUUAGAGGAUUCGUUUUGUUUCGUACACUUUAACAACCCUUCUUGUACAAAUUUGCUAUUCUUGCUUAUCUCACCUGGACGCUGCUUACUUAUGCUAUUUCGAAAACAAUUCUAGUUAAGCAAUUGGUCAUGCUCGCUUAUGUAGUUUACAGCUGCUCCGUGGAGCGUUUCUACUCACUUAGCCAAAAUAUAUGCAAAUUCACUGGAAAAAAGAAAGUGUUUACAUGAGAAAAGACUUUACGUGAGAAAACAUUUUCUUGGUACACUUAGGGUUCGUACAGAGUCUUGAAUUCUUGAAAAAGUCUUGAUAUUUGCCCCAAAAUUUUCCAGACCUGGAAAAAGUCUGGAAAACAGAGAUUAAGUCUUGAAGAAAUUGUAAAAAGAGUUUUUUUGAAAGUUACAAUAAGUGCUUUACGAGUGAAAUUUUUUUCGUGCUGGUCAAAUCUUAUUCAAUCUCGCUUGUACGUUUGCAGUGCAUCAUGGAAAAAGCUUUGUUCCUUCAUUUAAAGGUCUCUAUUGAUCACCCAUUUCAUAACCUUGAAAUUGUUGUUUUGGAAAAAGUCUUGAAUUUUAGAUCCAAAAAUCUUUACGAGCCCUGUACACUAACAUGGCCACCUUUUCGUUGGUUGGAACACCAAUAUGGCUGCCGUGACUUCAUGUAAAAACGCCAUGUUAUUAGCUAUAUCGAUAUCAUGUUUAACACUCGACCGUUCUCUCUGAAGUAAGGCUACGUUACAACGGCACCAGACGAAAUUUUAGACCGGUUGAAAUUUUGUGCGUUCAUGAUCAGUUGCUCCGUAAACGCGAAGCCACCUUAACCGUACGAAAAUUUAGACGCUUGGCAGUUCAAAUGUCCGCGUGAACAAAGCGAAAAUAUUGAAGGGUCCCCUGUGAACGAAGUGUUCGGUCAAAUUUUUCAGCCGGUCGAAAAUUCGUCCUGUGCAGUGUGAACGUAGCUUAAGUUUAACCCUUUAAGCUCCAAUAUCCAAAUACAAAUUCUCCAGACUGAUCCUCAUACAUUUCCGCAAUGAAUAGGUUAAGAGAAUUUGUAUGUAUAUCAAAGCUUUUCCAAUAACUGAUGGGAAAAGGUGAUCCUUUUAUUUACUCUCACAACAUUUUCCUUUGAUUAUGUAUUGAUUUUUUGGGGAGAAAAUUGACUUUGGUCACCCUUGGGACUUAAAGGCUUAAAACGUUGAAAUUCCUUUUGCAGCAGGAGCAGUGCAUGCGCCUUAGAUGGUUGAUCACGUGACUGGACUUCUGACGUUUUGAUAUUCUUCCUGUUUCCCAAAGCCGCUGUGCAUAAACCGUCACUGGCCCCAAGCUGCCCUACUGAGUGUACCCAAGUAACCACUUGUCCUUCAACUUGCCCGGAUCACUGCUGUGAAAAGCCUGAGUCCCAUGCGGCAGUUGGUUGCCCAAGUCAUUGUAGCUUUAGUUGUGGAACAGGGUGCCUUGAUCAUUGCUGCAAUCCUCCUACUGUGUCAACUCUGCCGAUAUGUCCUUCUGAAUGCCACACAAGCUGUCAUGAGUUAUGCCCCAUGCACUGUUGUAAAGUUUCUUCAUUUUCCGUAUCUCUUUGUCCAAGCCAUUGCAAGACUACGUGUGAUCCUCUAUGUCCCAGUCACUGCUGUUCACAACAGCUAACUCCAGCCGCUGCCUCGAUACAACCGACGUGCAACCCUGUCUGUCAGACACAUUGCCUUCCUGAGUGCCCGAGAGUUUGUUGCAAAUUCAAGUUUGUUCUGCCCUCGACCUGUCCGAAUCAUUGCCAGGAAAUAUGCGACUCGUCUUGUCCCACACACUGUUGUGUAUCUCAACACGUUUCCUCCAUGGAACAGGCACCAUCAAUACAAGAAUUGCAACCGACGUGCAAUCCAGUUUGUCAGUCGCAUUGUCUCCCUACGUGCCCCAACUUUUGCUGCAAAUUCAAAUUUGUUCUGCCCUCAACCUGUCCAGAUCGUUGCCAGGAAAUAUGCCAAUCGUCUUGUCCUCCACACUGCUGUGCGUCUCAACACGUUUCUGCUAUCGAACAGUCGCAAUCAAUACAAGAAUCGUGUCCAACUAUUUGUAGUUCCAACUGCUUACCAUCGUGCCCACCUUUUUGUUGUAAGGUGUCUCCGCCGAUGCCAAGCGCAUGUCCAAGCAGUUGCUCCGUCAGCUGCCUUCCACCAUGCCAACAACAUUGUUGUCAAGAGCGCUAUCCUCCUAAUUUUUCAGUGCAGUCUCCUGCUAUCUGUCCAUCGCAAUGUGCAAUUCGCUGUGACAACAUGUGCCCGGCACACUGUUGUCCUGCCUCAUCCGAACAAUCGUCAUUUUUAACAAAAUCAACGCCAGUAGGAAAUGUGCAGCCGAACGUUUCGCCGCCGCAAAGCUAUGCAGCACCUACAUCAUGUCCCAGUUCUUGCUCGUCGUACUGUUCACACGGUUGUCCCCAGUAUUGUUGCAUGGGGCGAGAAAUAUCUCCAUACCUAUUCAAAACCCCGGAACAAACAGUAUCACCGGUUGGAAGGUCUCUUGCGGUUCUAGAGGCCGAUUAUAAGUCGAAAGUUGUACAUCGUCUUUCAGAGUUACUAUCAAGUCCUCUGAAGCUAUGCAAGCCUUCGUGCUUUUCAAACUGUUCUGUUACCUGCCCUAAAAUGUGCUGUGAUGUUGGGAGAAAAAAGAAAAUGUUUGUAUAUAAGCGCAAGAAAAGGCACAAAUAA